AAUUGGAAAUGGAACAGAAGAAACUAUCAAUAAUAACAUGAUUCAUGUAACAAAUAACAUAAUAAUCAAUUGGAAUGAUGAAAAUUCAUUACAGACUUUUAUAGAAGAAAUAUACCUAUUAUUAUCUGUUUGCUCUUUAAAUGCUUCUUACUUCACGAACAAAACCAUACUCACUACUAAAAAUGAAUAUAUUGAUGAUAUUAACAGUAAAAUGUUAAAUCAACUUCCAGACAUACCUUCUCAUGAAUUACAACUCAAAACCAAUACACCCAUUAUUUGUCUUCACAACUUAGAUCCAAUUAAUAGCUUAUGCAAUGGUACCAGAUUGAUAUGUCGAACAUUUAAUUAUAAUAUUAUAGAAGCAGAAAUAAAUAUAGGCAACCAACAAGAAAAUGAGUAUUUCUUUCUCAGAUAA